AUGGCAGCCCACUUAGCUCCUGAGUUCAGUGAAGAAGACUGUAUUAUGUAUCCAGGAGUUGAGGCGAAUAACUUUGAGCUGAAGAUCUCUCUCAUUCAGAUGGUCCAGGCUAACCAGUUUGGAGGGGCUCGGGUUGAGGACCCGAAGGCCCAUAUUGUGCACUUUGAUCGUAUCUGCCAGACCGUCAAGAUGAAUGACAUUACCAGUGGUGCCAUCAAGCUGAGGUUGUUCCCCUUUUCCCUGAGAGAUCAAGCAUUGAGUUGGUUGAAUUCCUUUCCAGCCAACCAUUUCAUUACCUGGGAGCAGCUCUACAAGGCUUUCAUGCAGAAGUACUGUCCUCCUUCCAAGGCUGCCAAGUUAAAGAAACAGAUUCAAAAUUUCCAGCAGUUUGGCAAUGAAGAUCUUCCUGAGGCUUGGAAGAUAUUUAAGGAGUUGAGGAGGCAGUGCCCGAAGAAUUUGAUGACUUCAGGUGAUUUUAUUUCAUCACUCUAUGAGGGGUUGGCCAACCGGUCGAAGGUUAUUCUAGCUACCUCAUCCUUUGGGGGUAUUUUCAUUGAUAUUGGCCCGGAGACUGGAGAGCAGUUGAUUGAGAGGAUCACCUCUAACAACACUUAUUGGUACACUGAGGGGAUGAUAUACCCAAGAAGGAGAGGCCAGCUGGGAUGUUUGAAGUUGAAGAGAAGAUGGCAAUGCAGGCCCAUUUGUGGUGGCACCCAUGCUUCUGAGGGCCAGGGGCAAGGUUAUGGGAACUAUCAGCAGCAAGGGAGAAAUCAGUUUGUUCACUCUUGGAACAAUCAGGGCAAUCAAGUGAGAAAUCCACCACCAGGCUUUCAAGGUCAGCAAGGGAACAGGGGUGGAAAUCAAGGAACUCCGUGGAGGAAUAAUCAAAAUCAAAAUCAAGGGCAGUUCCAGCAAAAGAAUCAGAAUUUUGGGAACACUCAAGGUCAAGGUUUCUCUAGACCACCUCAGGAUGUUGAUAUGCAGACUCUCAUGAACACCAUGAUGGCUCAGAUGUCUCAGAUGAGCAAGUUACAGGCAACCGUAGAGUCUCAGCAAGCUACCAUAGGCUCUCAACAAGUACUGAUAGAGAGUCUCAAGGCUCAACAGCAAGGAGGUGGUAAUCAAUUUCCUAAUCAAACCUCAUCUUCGAAUGGCAGACUGCCAGCAAGUACAGAAAAUCCAAGGCACCAAGUGAAUGCAGUCACCACUAGGAGCGGAUUAUCAUUGAAGGAUCCUCCCUUUCCUUCAAAUGAUCCAAUGCCUGAGAAAACUGAUAAGAAAGAUGAGGGCAUUCAGAGACUAUGGAGAUCAAAGGAGUCCGAUAGAGAGAGCAAGUUCCAUAAGAUGUUAGAUAAGCUGGAGAUCUCCAUGCCUUUUGUUGAGGCAGUAACUCAGAUUCCAUCAUACAAGAAGUUUCUGAAGAAUAUUUUAGGCAAUAAGAAAAAGCCAGAGAAGAGUGCGGUGGUGGAUCUGAGCGAGGGAGCCUUGACCUGUGCAGUUCUUUAA